ACCCACCAAAGUGACAAACCCCCUCAUCUCAACCUAGUCACCAAAGUAACGCGCUCAUGGAUAUGACCAUUUUAGGUGCUCAUUCAGCGCGCAGUACAGCUUAUGUGUAACUGCGCUUAUCGCGGACAGUCGUGUCGUAAAAGUAUAUAUAUAAAACCAUAUAUUCAUAUUACACACAAAGCCGGGAGACCUUGGAGCUGCGGAAUUCGGCGGCUGCAGUGCGCCGGGAGCGCCAACCGUGUCCCACACAUUGGAAGGAGACGGUAAGAACACAGAGAUGGCUUUAGACAAAGCGCAGCUGGACCAAAAUGGGGACGUGAGUAAGAAAAAAGAUAAAGAUGGAAAAGAGAAGGAGCCCAAAAUGGAAAUGGUCAGCCCGUUUGCCAUGUUUCGUUUUGCAGACGGCUGGGACAAGUUUCUCUUGAUCUUGGGGACCCUUAUGGCCAUGGGUAACGGUGCAGUGCUUCCCGCGAUGGUGGUGGUCUUCGGGGGCAUGACAGACUCAUUCACCAACGAUGCUAUGGCUGGCCAGCUGAACUUAACGAUGAACGAGACUUUGGGAGAACAAAUGACCAGACAUGCCAUCUACUACUCGAUCAUGGGAGCGGCCGUUCUGGUAGCGUCCUACCUGCAGGUGGCCCUGUGGACCCUCUCAGCCGGACGGCAGAUAAAACGCCUGAGGAAGAAGUUCUUCCAUGCCAUCAUGCAGCAGGAGAUCGGCUGGUUUGAUGUUAACGAGACGGGACAGCUGAACACGCGAUUGGCCGACGAUAUAUACAAGAUUAACGAAGGCAUUGGGGACAAGCUGGGGAUGCUGAUUCAGUCCGUGAGCACUUUCAUCGCUGGCUUUGUCGUGGGCUUCUUGACUGGCUGGAAGCUCACCCUGGUCAUUCUUGCCAUCAGCCCUGUCCUGGGCAUCUCUGCAGCGAUGUUCUCCAAGGUCAUGACUUCGUUCACAUCCAAGGAGCAGACGGCCUACGCCAAGGCGGGAGCGGUGGCUGAAGAAGUGCUGUCUGCAAUUAGGACCGUGGUUGUCUUUGCCGGUCAGAAGAAGGAGCUACGGAGGUAUGAAAAAAAUCUUCGGGAUGCCAAAAAUGUUGGCGUGAAAAAGGCCAUCACAGCAAACAUCGCGAUGGGCUUCACCUUCCUUAUCAUCUACAUGUCGUAUGCCUUGGCCUUCUGGUACGGCAGCACCCUGAUCCUGGCUAAGGAGUACACCAUCGGCGACCUGCUAACGGUGUUCUUCGCGGUCAUCAUCGGCGCCUUUGCCGUUGGCCAGACGUCCCCGAACAUCCAAGCGUUCGCCAGCGCAAGGGGAGCGGCACACAAGGUGUUUGCCAUAAUCGACACUAAGCCUCAUAUCAACAGCUACUCUGACAAAGGCUACAAACCCGACCUAAUUAAAGGGAAUAUCGACUUCCAGAAUAUCCAUUUCCGGUACCCCUCGCGGCCAGAUGUCCAAGUGCUGAGGGGUAUGAAUUUGCGGGUGAACAGCGGGCAGACGUUGGCGCUGGUGGGCAGCAGCGGCUGCGGAAAGAGCACCACCGUGCAGCUGCUGCAGCGAUUCUAUGACCCACAGGAGGGCAUGGUCAGCAUCGACGGGCACGACAUCCGCUCCCUCAACGUCCGCUUCCUACGCCAGAUGAUUGGGGUCGUGAGCCAGGAGCCGGUGCUGUUCGCCACCACCAUCGCCGAGAACAUCCGCUAUGGCCGGGAGGACGUGACGCAGGCUGAGAUCGAGACGGCCACACGCGAGGCCAACGCCUACGACUUCAUCAUGCAGCUUCCCCAGAAGUUUGAGACCCUGGUUGGUGACAGAGGAACCCAGAUGAGUGGAGGGCAGAAGCAGAGGAUAGCCAUCGCUCGAGCCCUUGUCCGCAAUCCCAAGAUACUCCUGCUGGACGAGGCCACGUCCGCCCUGGAUGCUGAGAGCGAGACCAUCGUCCAGGCCGCUUUGGACAAGGUGAGGCAAGGCCGCACCACCAUUGUGGUCGCCCACCGCCUGUCGACCAUCCGCAACGCGGACAUCAUCGCCGGCUUCCAAGAUGGAGAGAUCGUGGAGUUGGGGACCCACAGCGAGCUGAUGGAACGCAAAGGGGUGUACUGCUCACUGGUCAACAUGCAGACGUUCAGGAGCGUGGAGGACACACUGGAGGACGUGAUAGAGGCCAGUCUGGAUGAGAAAAGCCCGUCCACAAAGUCAGAAAUAUUCCCCCUCAAAAUGAAACCCGCAGAGGGCGACGCGGACGUAGCAAAAGAGGAGGGCCAGGAGGAGAAGGUGCCAGAGGUGUCCUUCCUGAAGGUGCUGCACCUGAACCUCACUGAGUGGCCUUACAUGGUGGUCGGCAUCUUCUGUGCCAUCAUCAAUGGGGGCAUGCAGCCUGCCUUUGCUGUCAUCUUCUCCAAAAUCAUAGCGGUGUUUGCCGAGCCCGACCUGGAACAGGUCAAGUUGAAGUCCUCUUUCUUCUCCAUUAUGUUUGCCGUAAUUGGAGGUGUCUCCUUCAUCACAAUGUUCCUCCAGGGCUUCAGUUUUGGAAAAGCUGGUGAGAUCCUCACCAUGAGGCUGAGAUACAGGGCUUUCAAGGCGAUGCUGAGACAGGAAAUGGGCUGGUUUGAUGAGCCCAAGAACAGCGUUGGAGCCCUGACUACCAGGCUGGCCACUGAUGCUGCCCAAGUUCAGGGAGCGACGGGCGUCAGGUUGGCGACGCUGGCCCAGAACGUGGCCAACCUGGGCACCUCGGUCAUCAUCGCCUUCGUCUACGGCUGGCAGCUGACGCUGCUCCUUCUGUCUGUGGUGCCCUUCCUGGCGAUCGCCGGAGCCGUGCAGAUGAAGACGCUGGCCGGUCACGCCGUGAAAGACAAGAAGGAGCUGGAGGUGGCAGGGAAGGUUGCCACAGAAGCCAUCGAGAACGUCCGCACGGUCGUGUCUCUGGGGCGUGAGAUGAAAUUCGAGAGCCUCUACCAGGAGAACCUCAUUGUCCCAUACAAGAACUCCAAGAAGAAGGCCCACGUCUAUGGGCUGACAUUCGCCUUCUCCCAAGCCAUCGUCUACUUCGCCUAUGCAGGCUGCUUCCGCUUUGGGGCCUGGCUUAUCGAACAGAAUCAGAUGGACUUCGAGGGGGUGUUUCUAGUUAUCUCCGCUGUCCUGUAUGGGGCUCUCGCCAUGGGGGAGGCCAAUUCCUUUGCCCCCAACUACGCCAAGGCCAAAGUGUCGGCCUCCCACAUUUUCAUGCUGCUGGAGAGGGUGCCGGCGAUCGACAAUGAGUCAGAGGAGGGAGAGAAACCACCCCACUGUGAUGGGAACAUCACUUUCAAGGACGUGCUGUUCAAUUACCCCUCCCGGCCGAAGAUUCCCGUCCUGCAGGGGCUGAGCCUCAAGGUGAAGAGGGGGCAGACGCUGGCCCUCGUGGGCGGCAGCGGCUGUGGGAAGAGCACCACCAUCCAGCUGCUGGAGCGCCUUUACGACCCAUGCCAGGGCUCGGUGCUGCUGGAUCAGCAUGACACUCAGGGCCUGAACAUCCACUGGCUGAGGGCGCAGAUCGGCAUUGUGUCCCAGGAGCCCGUGCUGUUCGACUGCAGCCUGGCCGAGAACAUCGCCUACGGUGACAACAGCAGGGAGGUGCUUCAUGAGGAGAUCGUCACGGCGGCCAAAGCCGCCAACAUCCACUCCUUCAUCGAAGGGCUGCCCGAUAAGUACAAGACGCAGGCCGGCGACCGCGGCACCCAGCUGUCCGGCGGCCAGAAGCAGCGCGUGGCCAUCGCCAGGGCGAUCCUCCGCAACCCCACGCUGCUGCUGCUCGACGAGGCCACGUCAGCCCUGGACACGGAGAGCGAGAAGAUCGUGCAGGAGGCUCUGGAUAAGGUGCGGGAAGGCCGGACCUGCAUCGUGGUGGCCCACCGCCUCUCCACCAUCCAGAACGCAGACCGCAUCGCCGUGCUGAAGGAUGGGGUGGUGGUGGAAAUGGGAACGCACCAGCAACUGCUGGCCAAGCAGGGCGUGUACCACAGCCUGGUGUCAUCCCAGAUGGGGCAUGGAAGGCCGUAGCUGGAUGGCUUGCGGCUGUACUACAGUCUGAGCUCUCCUGUUGGCGAGCUGGGGCUGGGGCUGGGGCUGGGGGGCACCCAGGUCCCAGCAGGUCCAGCACCCUGAAUUCAGAGAGCUUAUUUACAUGGAUGACGUGCACCCAUGGUGGAGGGAUCUCUAAAAGCAGGAAGCUAGAUAUAGGAAGGAUCCAGAAGAUUGCUUUAAUGCAGCCAUUCACCUGACACCAUAUUUAACAUUAAAGUGCUUAUGAUUUACAUAUAAUAUUUGCAUACUUAAGAAUUGAUAAUUAAACAAUAAGAAUCAAGCCUGCAGAUUCCCAGACAGCAGAUUUUAGGCUGUGCCCUGUGGGCCAAUGUACUGGCCUCCCAUUGGCCGGCCUGGGAUGGGCGGAGAUGAACCGUGCAGAUUGGCACCCAGAAGGCCCAUUCAGGUAUAUUUAUAAAUGACACAUGCUAAUCAUUUAUCUUUGUCUAUGGCAGCCUUAACAAUUAAAUAUUUGGCCUUUUCUAUUCUUAUGUAAACAGUUAUGAAUAAAUAUUAACUUUGCACUGUAA